AUGACGACAUCUAAACCUAACAUCUCAUCUCAAACAAAAGGACCAGAUCCCUCCCGCUGGCGACUCGGAGCGCGCACACGACUUCAACCGCUGGUCUUCCUCGCUGGGCCUCCCUCGGGUUACCGAGGGUCUCACCCGGUGUGGUUCGACCGCGCCGACGCGCGCCCGAUGCCGCCACGGGGUUGCGCCUCCAGCCCCACCGACAAACACGAUUAA